AUGGGGCCAACGACACCUACUUGGAAAAAAAUUAAUGUUCAGAAAACUGAGUUAAAAGGAAAGCCGGAUGUUUCUAAUGGUAAAAGACCUAAGCGCUCUCAAUGGACUAAAUCCCUUGUUUGUGACAGUGAUCCCUUCGCUGAAUCUAAUAUGGAUCUGGAGUUAAUAGAAGUAGAUCUUGACCUGUCAUUAUCAGCUUUUGCUAAUGCUAAAAGGUAUAUGAAGGCAGGUGAUCUUUAUGUACAUGCUGAUGUGCAGGGUGCCAGUAGUGUAAUAAUUAAAAACCCAUCUGGUAAGCCAGUACCUCCACGGACAUUGGAUGAAGCCGGUCUUAUGGCUGCCAUCCAUGGACCAAACCUCUGGGGGCUACCUACUGACAUUCUGGAAAAUCACAUCUCAAUUCCUGAUUAA